AUGCACCUACACCUCCAUCUUCACAAAUGCAUUCGUGAUUUUGGACCAGUGAAUAUGUUCUUAGAUGUAAUAAAUCCAACAACCAAGUGUCUGGAUCACCACAGGCUCUUUGGGUUUGAGCGAUACAAUGGUAUUUUAAAGAAUUUCAAGACAAAUGGCAAAGACGGUUUUGAGGCGACCUACAUGAAAAAUUUUGUUCAGAAUGCGUAUAAGGGUGAUUAUGUCAAUGCUGUUCUUAAAAGUUCUAGCCAGAUCCCCUUCAUUCACACUCUGUCUAAACUUGUUACAACCUCCAUACCUGCCGCCACAGUCACCACUCUCUCCAGUCGCCCAUUCAGAUUGCAAGUAUUCGUUCAAGGCUACACUGAUCCUUAUAAUCCACCCAAGGGUAACGAGCCUCUUCCUCCUUCUACAUUUCCUCUAAAAUACAAAAAGCCAUCAGUAAUGGAUGAUUCCAACCAUCUCCAUUUACUUGAAUAUUACCAAGUCGCUUACAACCUCCCAGACCUUGCCAGCUAUCAGGACACGUCCUAUAAUCGCCCAGCACUUGACAAUCAAAUCAUCAAAUUGAAGUCAAUUGACAUUCUUGGUCAACACUAUCGAGGAACAAACAACAGCACAAUCAGUCACGGAUCACUUGUUCAGACAAAGUUUGUUGGUAGUAAUGGAAACAUUAUACUUGGAUUUGCUGGACAAAUUCAGUAUCUUUUUACAUACUCCUUCCAACUUCCACCCACGCACAAUCUCCAUCUGACUCGCAUGGUUCAUGAUCAUCAACAUGUAUUCACAUUUAUCAAGUGGUUUCGUACUUCCUCUGAUAGGUCGCGUGAGGAUGACGGUGUUGAAUUUUGUUUGCCCACGUUCUCUCCUGAUAGCUACCAUAGCAUUAUACCUGUACAUCGCAUCUUAUUAGAGGUUGCUACAGCUACUAUUGCGACAAGUAGAAAUGUUAGCAAAAUGCUAGUAAUUCCAUUGCCAAAGAAGCUAUAUACUUAA